AAACCUGGGACCUUAGUUGCUUGUUGAUUUGAACAGAGACUAACCACUCUGAGAUUUGAAGGCUGUCGGCGAGUUACUUCACUUCCCCUUUUGUCUCGUUGCGUUUCCAGUUGGGUAAUCCCACCCGUUUAUUUAAGGGGUUGCUUCAGUUCCUGUUAGUUGACAGCAAAACUGCAGAGUUAGUGGGAGAAAUGCGUGGCACAGUGUGCUCUAACGCACCAAUUAAAUGCGAUUAAUAUUCUUUAUACUUAAAUACUCUGGUGCAGAUAGAUAUAUAACAGGUCUAAAUGUACUUUAAAGGGGUUUUGUUGAGGUCUGGGACAAGGAUGUCCCCCUUAUUCGUUCUAAUUAUCAUUUUGACACAACUCUCCAUGUGUAAAGGCCAGCUUGAUAAAGCCUGCAGCGUUUUCCCGAAAGAUCAGUACAUUGAAGAGGGAUCCAGUAUCGACAUAGUGUGCCAGACUUGCACGAAUACAAAAGAAGUCUUCUGGAGGUUGAACAACAGAUCUGUCGACAAAAGCCUGUCAAAAACUAUCAACUCCACACAUACGGUCCUGUCACUGAGAAACUUCACUCACUCCAGUGCGACAGUACAGUGUGAAAGUAGGAAGCCUGACCAAGUCAUUGGAGGCACUAUAAUCAAAACGUACCAAAAACCCAGAAACAUAUCUUGUGUAUUGCAUUAUGAAGCUGACGAGAGCACAGGGAUAGAGGGUAUGCCGGAGAUCUCCACAUGCACCUGGGAGCAUCAGAUUAAUCCUCUAUUAGAAGUAGACUACACUAUGCUGUGUACCGCUAGUCCAAAUCGUACCCCCCAGGAGUGCUGCAAAACAAGAGAAACCAAAUGUGAAACCAGAGGUCUUUUUCAUUCUGGUAAGCUGUCUAUGAGGGACGGAUUCAGCACCAUUACUGUGAGAGCUACGACUCCUAAGUGGGAGGUGUCCUCCGACCCUUACGUCCUCUAUCCGGAAAAGAUAUUGAAAAUCCGCCGCCCGAAGGUAACGGUAACUUCCUUCACCGAUCACAUGUCGGUUGAGUGUAACCGAUCAUUGGUCGAUUCGGACGGACGCUGCCAAGUCAAUUACACACUGGCUGAUGGAGGAACUCCAGAGAGCCUAUACCUAGAGCCUCUACGCCCUCACGAGAGUUGCAACACCUCCAUUGAAGAUGUCGAAUCCUGCGUCAACUACAGGGUUUCAGUCCGCUGUGCUUUACUCGAGGGCCCCUGGAGUGACUGGAGACAUAAAACGGCUCUGACCAAACUAAACCCGAAACAUGUCAGGCUGCACCUGUGGAGAAAGAUAACUGAGAAGGAAAACAACCAAGUUAGAAAAGUUCGUGCCAUGUGGAUGGAUAUUCCUUCAACAUGUGAAGAGUCGAGAGAGGUUAACUACACUAUCAAACGCACGACUGGGGCGAAUUACACCUACGCUUCAUGCGGCAGCUCGCCUUGUGAUGUCGAUGUGAACCAAGAUGCACACAGAAUAACUCUCACAGUCUCCCAUAAUGGGCGUCCGAUUGCAGAGGACUCAGUUUACGUUCCAGCCGUUGGAGACACAGGCCUCCCUCGAGUUACCGACAUCCAGACUUCCACCUCUGAUGGUAAUAUUCUGAUCAGCUGGAAGGCUCCCGCUCAGCCCGUUAGCGGUUACAUGAUCGACUGGACCCACGAUGGAAAUCAAUAUCACUGGAAUGAGAGCAAAUACACUAAUGCAACGCUGUUUGACCUCCUGGAUAAGAAGCCAUAUGAUGUCACAAUUACUCCCCUCUUUGAUAACAAGACAGGUCACGGCACACAAAUCCGUCAGCUCUGCUCCAGAGUAGGAGAACCAGGAAAUGUUGAUAUUACCAGUGUUCAAGCUAACGACAGGAAUGCGUACGUUCGCUGGGACACAAAGUCGCAGGAUCCAUGCAGUGGUGUUGUUACCAACUUCACAGUCUACUAUGGGCCACCGGAAGGACCACUGCUCAAUGUUACUGUAGGGAGCAACCAGCGGGAAGUCUUUCUGAAAGACCUGACAAAAGACUCCCAAUACACCGUCUCUGUGGAGGCCACAGCGGCUACUGGAAAUUCUAUAAGCCAAGAAAGGCUCUUUAAAACCAAAAGAUUUGAUCCAAGGCUCGUUAUGGUACUUAGUGUCUGCGGAAGCGUCCUUAUAGUCCUAGCGCUAUCUCUUGGAUUGUGCUGCGCUGUUAAGUGGAAGAGGUUCUGGGAAAAGCCAGUGCCAAAUCCAGGCCUCAGUUCUGUGGCAUUGUGGCCAUCACCCACUGCUAAAAAGGGGGCGUGCCUCUUCCAGCCGUUCAUUAAUCCGUCUGGAGAACUCUGUGAUAAAGUUUACACAGAGCACGCUCAGAGCGUGUCCAGCCCUUCAGUAGCUACAGACUUUAAUGGUUGCCAGACCAGCGACCAGCCGGAGGAAUACACUGACACGGCCAUCGUUCUCGCUCCAGAUGUACACGACGGAGAAGCCACGGCCUUUCUUUCCUCGAAGAGCAGCCCGGUCAGCCCGGUCAGCCCGUAUCGAAGUCAGAGCUCUGUGGAGUCUCCUCUACCAAAGAACAACAAGCAAAGGACACUGAAGACGAUAUACGUCACUUUGGACAUGUUUGAACAUGGCCAGAGCAGGCGAGGGAAAUGAAAAACAAAACCGUUCCUCAAGUCAGGAUAGGUCACUGAGUUCUUGAUAAGGCAGAUGUGGUUUAUUAAUUCUGAAGCUUUUCCAUGGCUGUGUGAAAUAUUAUCCUACUUGGCAGCGUGGAAUGAAAGAAAAAAAAAAGUGGCUGUGUUACUACAAGUAAUACAGAUGUAUUACUUGUAGUAACACAAUAGCACCAUGUGGUUUUUUUUAAUCUGUACAGUAUGUUUCUUGUUUUUGUUUCAUUGUAUGAGUGAGAAGAAUUUAGCAUUUGUUCAGAACUGACAUUAUUCACUUCAUAACACAAGCUCUGUGCUCCUUAUUUUGUCUAUAGGGACUAUAUUAAAACAAUAAGGAAAGCAUGUUCGUACCCAGCAUUAAGCACUUGAAACUAAACUAAAAAAAACUAAACGUGUUUUCUUCUGACAUGUCAUGCGGUGUUGAUGUCACACACCCUGUAUUAAUGAAAACAUCCAUGUGCAGCCUAUAAAACAGUAUUAUAUAUUAUAAUGAAAUGUCAUGUUGUUUCUUGUUUUUACAGUAAAUAAAGUUGCACGUACUGUUUUA